GUCGUCUGUCGUCUGACAGGCGUGAUUUCAUAUUUGCCUACGGUGUCUGUAUAAAGGACCGGUCUGUCAACUUCACCAACUUCGUCGUGUUUAGUUUUUACAGAAGAAGCUGCUAGUACUAUGUUUGAAUCAUGUAACAGCAACCGCGUAAAAGUCGCUCUCGGCUGCGCCGUCAGUUUGGUUUUCGUACUAAUCGGACUGUAUUUUGCUUUCCGUGGACACCAAGAAGUAAGAGCCCAGCAGGUGUGUUAUGCCGGGCUGGGCUGUUUCUCCCGCGGAGGGGACUACCCUGACGCCCUGCCGCAGUCUCCUGCCGAGAUCAACACGCAGUUCCUGCUGUACACCCGCGCCAACCCCGCCACCGAGCAGGGCAUCAUGUACGACGACACCGGCAGUGUCCUCAACUCCUACUUCGACAGCUCGAAGAAGACAAAAUUCCUUGUGCACGGCUACAUGGACGACCGGACGGAGGAGUGGCUCAUCCUUGCCCGGGAGGCCAUCCUGGCGCGAGAGGACGUGAACGUGAUCGUGGUGGACUGGGGCGGCGGCGCCAACAGCAUCAACUACAUCCAGGUGGCGGCGAACACGCGCCUGGUGGGGGCGCAGGUCGCCAGGCUUAUCACGUACCUCAUGCAACUGACGUUCCUGUCGGAGUCGUCCGUCCACCUGAUCGGGCACAGUCUGGGGGCGCACAUCAGCGGGUACGCCGGGGAGAGACUGCAGCCCAGACCCGCCAGAAUCACUGCCCUUGAUGCGGCCGAGCCAGGUUUUCAGGGCAUGCCGACGCAUGCGCGUCUGGACCCGUCGGACGCCAUGUUUGUGGAUGCCAUUCACACUGACGGAGACAGUAUUCUCACACUGGGAUUUGGUAUGUCCCAGCCUGUCGGUCAUCUUGACUUCUACCCAAACGGAGGUACAGAGCAGCCUGGGUGUGAGGAAAGUAUCCUGGACUUCAUCAUAUCGGAGGGACUCAUAGACGGUGGUAAGUAUUUCGUCACCUGUAACCACAAGAGGGCCCACAAGCUGUUUAUCGACUCCAUCAGCUCUGCCUGCCCGUGGCUCGGCUACCCGUGCUCGGACUGGGAGGAGUUCCGGGCCGGCCGGUGUCUGUCGUGCAGCGCGGCGGGCUGCCACAGGAUGGGGUACGACGCCGACAAGAACACCCUGUCGGCAGGGACGCAAAACGUCAAGUUGUACCUCACUACGGAGGGAGAGUCUCCGUACUGCCACCGUAAGGAGCACUGGGUGACGGUGAGCAUGUCUCCGGGAGCAGACUUCAGGGAGGUGCAGGAGAUGUACGUCACGCUGCACGGCACCGGAGGGUCCUCUGCACCGGUCAUGGUCGUACAGGACGACAAAGAUUUCGAGCCAGGCGAGGCGUACGUGUUUCUGGUGGGGACGGCUGCUGACCUGGGUACGGUGACGAGUGUGGACGUUCUGUGGGAGGAGGAUGACGACUGGUACAACCCGUUCACGUGGUUCAACAACCCCACUCUGCUGCUGGACAGCAUCACGGUGGACACCGCCGGAUCCAGCACAUACAGCACGACCACGUUCUGUACCAGUGCGAACGGCUUGGCGGAGGGUCAAACCAUUUCCGUCACUGCCGGGGGGUGCGGCGGCCCCAUCACUGGAUAGACCAAGUACAACUGCAAAGUGAGGUCCGAUGAAAUCGGCUCACGGGUACACGGGUCUUAAAAUGCACGUAAAAAUCUUCACGAAACCAAAGUCAAGAGUAUUAUUUACACGUAAGCUAUGGAUUAUAUUUAUAAGAAAAUAUGGUAAUAAAUUAAAGUGCAAUAAAUUAACAGUGUCUAGUUCUGUAGU